AGGUCCUCUUUGAUCAGAUAUCUGCCUCAGCUUCUGAGCCUAAGCCUCCUGCAUCGUCCAGCCCUCUCUGUGCCUCCUCUUGGCAAAGCCCUGCCUCCCUAACUGGGAAGGGAAUGGUGACCAGUUCGGGGAAACUGGACCAUUGGGCUUCUUGACAGCACCAUGAAUUCAGGGUUCCUUUUCUGGACCCUUGCCCUCAGUUUGCAGUUGACCAAUGCCAGAAACAUCGCUGGUGUGCCCGGAGAAGAAUAUAAGGUGUGGGCUAAGGAGGGGAGCCAAGCUAUACUCCCCUGCAUCCUGAGUCCUCAAAAACUGAAGAGCACCUGGAGGCAGCUGUACAAGGGAUUGGUGGUUCGCUGGGUGUGGCACGGAGACAGCUCCCACAAGAGACGUCGCCUGGUGUUAAAGAUGGAGCCCAGUGGGCUCAAGAAAAUGGGCCUUUUCACAAAGCACCGAACAACAGUCUGGGAUCCUGGCUUUCUCCGGGGGAAUUUCUCACUCCAGAUUGACCCACUGUUGAAAGAAGAUGCAGGAAUCUAUGAAGCGCUGGUGAAAUAUGGGAGAAAUCUUUGGCACUGCAAAGUGAAGCUGGGGGUAGUGACAGUGGCAGCUAGCCCUCCUGGUCCCUUGGUUGAGUCUGAAGCCGUCAAGUUAAGCUGUAGCUCCACCCAUCCAGAAAAGCCCACAAAGAUAUGCUGGUUUCAUGCUGAUGUCCUCGUGCACCCUGUGACGGGUCGGUUCAUCCCUCUUGACCACUCUCUGUCUAUCUCCCGGUUGGUGAGCAGUGACUCUGGCCCGUGGGUCUGUGAGCUCAGCUUUGCCAGUGGGGAGAGAAUAUAUGCCACGCACAACUUGCAAGUCAUAGGAUUUGCUGAGACAAUGGUUUCUGUAGUCUAUACAGCAGCAGGAUCUGAUGCUCACCUGCCCUGUGCCCUGAAUUACAAUCCUACGGACUACGGCAUUUCAAAAGUGGCUUUCCAUUGGAGCUACAUGGCAAGAGAGGAAAUCAGGGCAAUGCCCAUCCCCAGUCAUGGACGCAAUAGACAUUUCAGCCUCCAUCUCCCUGCGGUGGGCCUUGAGGACGCAGGCCAGUACCUUUGUGAGAUAACCCUCCAAGACACCACCACCAUCACUAAGAAUGUCACACUGGCCGUAAUGACAGUCACUACAAACGCUGAAGCGGCAGUAGUCACGGAGGGAUCGCACUUGCUGCUCACCUGCAACCUCAGCUACCACACAGGGAAUGAGCAUUUCCAAUGGAGGCAACUGGGUUUCGGCUCGUGGCCUGCAGCUGCUUCCAGCCCUGCUGAAGUCUCCAGCUGGGAAUCAACUCUGGAAUUCCCUGCAGUGUCACUCAACGAUGGAGGCACCUGGGAAUGCAGUGUCUAUGGCCCAGAUGGACAGCUGGCAUCUAUACAGUAUCAUCUGGAAAUCGCAGGUACCCAGACAUCCAGUUCACAGCCUGUAAAUGCUAAGGUCAUUCCUGGACUUAUUCUUGCCUUCGUCGUUCUGGUAGCCCUUGUCUUGGCUUUGACCCUCUUGAGAAAAAGGAGAGCCUCCCCAAAUUUCCCAGCUCUGGACAGGAUGGUACCUACUUUGCGAGAGAAAGGAGUGAAAUCUGGAGACCAAGAAGAGAAGGUCCUGAAGAUAGAGUAUUGAUGAGAAAGAAGGAAGGAGAUCAUUUAGCUGACAGCUACUGAAGUUGGCCAAAUGGGUGUGAGAAGUUUAGAGUUCCUGUAUGUGGGCAUACUCAAAUAUUUGGUAAACUCAGUGGUUCUUAAAUGUGAAGGUCGGUCCUCCUGAGCUGUAUGAGGCAGCUGCAAGGAGACAGGAUUCUCCAGCAUGCCUCCCUGUAUUACCAGCCAAGAAAAGAAGGACACUUUCGCCAUCUUCCCAGCCUGAUCUGGAAAGAGUUGUUGCUUGGUGUUGUUUUUUUAUUUUUGUUUUUUUCCUGUUUUCUGUUUCCUUGGAGGGUUUUGUUUUGUUUUGUUUAGAGAAGGUUAGAAGUGCCUUACUCUGUUUCCCCAUUAUUAGUGCCACUAUUGG